CUCUCACGUGUGUGCGUGGUUUUGAAGCAGCAUUAAAGCUGCUGAGGGCAAGAGGAUUUAAAAGCCCCCUCGGAAAGAGCUGAUCAGAGCUCGUUGCUUGUUCGACCGGAGGACUAAGGGGCUUUAAUGAAGACAGACCACGCUCUAGAAAUGGUGCAAUUUCAGGUUUCAGAGAAGGCAGUUUGGGAGAGCCGCUGCCGCCUUCACUUCCUCCUUCCUCCCUUAUUCUGCUAAGGAGAACCGAGGUAGCAGGAAAGGACAGUGUAGGCGCUCGAGGGGAGAAGCCAAACAUUAGCCUGACCCGGGUCCUUGGAAAGCAACUGACAACAGGAAGGAAGCUUAUUAACCCCUCUGCUCCCCCUCCCUUUUCCCGGGGUGAGAAUCGGCUCCUCCUCCCGGGCGUGCGACCCCGGGGUAAAAUGCAAGCGGCCGCCUGCUUUCCGCACCCUGCGCGCGGCGCCCGGCGGAGGAAGAGGCAGGCGGCGAGGGCGCCGCCCCAAACCGCGUGGAGCGAGUUCGUCUCUCCGGCGUGAACCUCCCGAGCGAGACGGCCUGGACCCCGCGACCGUCGCGCCGGCUGGGCACCGCAGGCGCCCCAUUUCCCGGCCUCUCUUCGGAGCUGGCACUCUGCACCCCAACCCGUAGCCUAUUCCCCCUCAACACCACGGCGCCACCAACCCCGGUGCCUCGCGCAGGUGGCGCAAACGCCCCCGCCCUCGGGCGCCCCCUGCCGGGAAAAGGGAAAGCGGCGGCGGGUGCGGAGGAGCCGGGCGCAGGGCGGGGAGAGAGCUCCGGCGCCGGGAAGAAGCCGGGAGCUUCCCUGAUGGUGCCGCCGCCUCCGAGCCGGGGAGGAGCGGCGAGGGGGCAGCUGGGCAAGAGCCUGGGUCCGCUUCUACUGCUCCUGGCGCUGGGACACACGUGGAGCUACCGAGAGGAGCCCGAGGACGGCGACAGAGAAAUCUGCUCGGAAAACAAAAUCGCCACGACCACCUACCCGUGUCUGAAGCCUUCGGGCGAGCUCACUACGUGCUUCAGGAGGAAGUGCUGCAAAGGGUAUAAAUUUGUCCUUGGACAAUGCAUCCCAGAAGAUUAUGACGUAUGUGCUGAGGCUCCCUGUGAACAGCAGUGCACAGAUAACUUCGGCCGAGUGCUGUGUACGUGUUACCCAGGAUACCGAUAUGACCGGGAGAGGCACCGGAGGCGGGAGAAGCCGUACUGUCUGGAUAUCGACGAGUGUGCCACCCGUAACGAAACGCUGUGUGCACACAUCUGCAUCAACACCUUGGGCAGCUACCGCUGUGAGUGCCGGGAGGGCUACAUCCAGGAGGACGACGGGAGGACGUGCACCAAGGGGGACAAAUACCCCAACGACACUGGGCACGACGAGAAGGCGGAGAACGCAGUGAGAGCCGGCACUUGCUGCGCCGCGUGCAAGGAGUUUCACCAGAUGAAGCAGACGGUCCUGCAGCUGAAGCAGAAGAUUGCCCUGCUCCCCAACAGCGCUGCGGACCUGGGCAAGUACAUCACUGGUGACAAGGUACUGGCCUCAAACGCCUACAUUCCAGGACCUCCUGGCCUGCCUGGGGGUCAGGGCCCCCCCGGCUCUCCAGGACCAAAGGGGAGCCCAGGCUUCCCAGGUAUUCCAGGCCCCCCCGGGCAGCCCGGCCCGCGGGGCUCAAUGGGACCCAUGGGACCGUCUCCUGAUCUGUCCCACAUUAAGCAAGGCCGGAGGGGCCCUGUGGGUCCACCAGGUGCCCCAGGAAGAGAUGGUUCUAAGGGGGAAAGAGGAGCGCCUGGCCCCCGAGGGUCUCCAGGACCCCCUGGUUCCUUUGACUUCCUGCUGCUUAUGCUGGCGGACAUCCGCAACGACAUCGCCGAGCUGCAGGAAAAGGUGUUCGGGCACCGGACUCACUCUUCAGCAGAGGAGUUCCCGUUACCUCAGGAAUUUUCCACCUCUCCAGAGACCAUGGACUUCGGCUCUGGAGAUGACAACCCCAAAAGAACCGAGACCAGAGACUUGGGAACCCACAGAGACUUCUAUCCUUAGCACACACCGACAUCUUCACACCGAAGGAAGAGAAGUGUUCGCCUGCAGUGAAAUCAUCCAAAGAACAGAACAAAACACCACUGGAGACCUAGAAAAGAUACGUUCUUUUUUUUCUUCUUUUUAAACUCUUUUCCUUUCUUCUCCGUACUUCUCUUAUUCCAAACACUAUUUUCAGGCUAGACAUACUAAAGACAAGAGGAAGGAAAUGAUUGAUUUACGUGCUUCCCCUGGAGAAUCUGCAGUGGAACUUUUCUUUGACUUCCUUAUUUUCCAGGGACUUCUGAUUUCUGAAAUAGGUACUCUCACAGUGUCUUAAAAUUUGGCAGACUAUCAAAAAGGGGGAAAUGGCAAGGUGAGUUCUAAGAAAAUGUGAGUUUACUCAUUAAAAAUAAUAGAUAUGUGUCCAAAAUACACUAUUACUCCUCAAUGUCAAAAUUAAAUUAAAUUAAUUAAAUCAAAUUAAUUAAGUCAAAUUACAUCAAAAUUUUCAGUGAAAAGGGGGAGAUGACAAUGUAUAUUUAUCUUGGUGGAUAAUUCUUUUUCCUUGUCAAUCUAACAGAGUUAAAAUAUCCUGUCCUCUUAUCCAACCUUGUUUUCUAAUUUUGAUUAAAGAAAGGAGAGAAGGAGUGGAGAUUAGAAAAGAUGGAGAAAAAUUACAGUCCCAUAUUGACUGUCCUAUAAGCUGCCACAUAUUAACACUCAGAUGUGACAGUUAAGGGUUCAUACCACGCUUAUCUAUAACUAUCCUAUUUGAAGAAGAAAAUUACUGCAGCUGUAGGAAUAAAUUCUAUUUUCAAGACAAAAAGUAAGUGAAUGCAGUGCCCUGGUUCACAUUAGAACAGCGGGCUCCCGGUUUGCCAGGACAUUUUAAAGCUAUCUGAUCGAAUGAGUGAGCUUGCUUAGUAAACCAUAGAUUAUUUGUUAAAUCAAGGUAACCGACCCUUAGGGAGAGGUGCCGAAUUCCCUGGCUGUGACCGGGUGCCCGCCAGGUGUCAUUAGGCUGUGAUCCAGGUUGAAUCGGUGUAACAGUGGCGCUCAGGCUGAAAGGAGGCUGCCGGCUCGGGUUGUUGGCCGUGGGGCAGGAAAACCUUGGGCAGGGGACCUGCUGCGUCACAGAGGCAGGUAAAUUUGCUGUCUGUGGGAAUUAGAAGCCCUUGUCAGGGGCCAGCCAAACUUGCCAGCGUGUUGAGACUAACACAUAAUUGAAAGAUCUCUUGGAUGGGUGGGGGGGGGGGGGUGGAAACAACAGUCUUCCUCGUUUGCUAAAAACUUCCUCCCCGUUUUUCCUUAAUUUUCCAUAAUUUAGUCCAAGUUCCAGUUCUUGCAGGUCUUCUUGAUUUCCCUUCCUCGGCAAACACAGGAAGCAGCUAGAAAAGUAUAUUCCCAAACCUGCCCUGGAGUCAGUGUUUGCUCUUACACUUCUGGGUCCCAGAAGGACACACAUUCCGGAAAAGGCUUUCUCUAGCACCACAGGAGCACCAGUGCUCAAGGGAGGGGCACGAGCGUCUGCUACUUUGUAAUGUUGUUGGGGAACCUCUUGGUUUUAAUGGGCAGCUUACAAGCUCCUUCAGGUUCACUUUGUUAUUUGACACCCAGAAUGAUGUUUCAUCGACCUGUUCAGGAGACCUUUGCCCUUAUAUUGAGCUUCACAAAGGACCACUGUUACAACUUUUCUUUGCUCAUGUUCCCAUUUCCCACCCUGCAGUGUCCCCAUGACUUUCUGGGCAGUUUGUGUUUAAUUUUCUUUUUCCAUCUCCUUUUAGCCUACAUCAUUUCACUCUCCUGGGAGAGCUUGUUUAAAGACAACCACUGUGGGUGUUUAUAUUGCCACUUUUCAGUCUUUCUUCAGAAUGAUAGGAAGGGCAUGUGUUUGCAAAUCUCAAGUGACACCAGCCAUCCUUCUCUCGUCCCCAUCCUGUUAGAAACACAGGGCUCCAGUCAGCCAGCCGGAGGCUGAGUUUUUCACCAACACUUGACUCCGCUGUUUCUUACUCACGCAAAGUCCCCGGUGACUGUCCACCAAAAUGUUACAGCUGAAAGCAAACGCAUCCUCGGUGCUCCUUUUCUAGGAUCUUUCCUGCCCCCCUUCAGCCUCUCCGGAAUCUAAUCUUCACAGCAGAAGCCCUCGCCAGCCACGGGUUCGCAGAGAUGAACUGAGCAGAUGUUGAUUCCCAUCUGGUAUAUAUAUUUAACGUUUGCCUGCUUGUGGAACGCAGUAUUUAAAGUGUGUGGAUGGACGAAUGCUAAAAAAAAAAAAUCAUGCACAGGCUCUAUGAGAAAUGAUGAGGUUCAUCUUUGAUUUUUUUUUUUAAUGAAGAAUUUCAGUACCUUUUUAACAAUGAACUGUACGUAGAAAUAGAAUUGUCUUCUCUGUUGUUGAGUACUCAUAAAAUGCAACGAAAUUGCAUGUUUAGCCAGAGGCUAGGGUAAUAUAUUAACAGAAUGAAUGGAUGCUGGUAAUAUCUGGGAUUUGUGAGACGAUUCUGGAUAAGAUUUUCUAACAAAAUGCACAGUAACCUGUAUUUUAUCAUCUCAAUCUGCUGGAUCAGGUCAACUUAUAAAAUAAUUAUUUAUCCUCAGAUUUUCAAAACUUGGACUAUUACCGUAGGACUAAAUAUGUACUCUGUAUGCCCAAAUUAUAUUUUUCAAAGAUAAGACAUAAUAAGGCAUUGUUAUUCCUAAUGUGUCUUUUAGCUAUGGGUGGAAAACCAAAGCUUCACUGUCUAAACAGGACUUCUGCUUAGAACCUAAUGGAAAAGGGUUUUGGGGGUAGGGAGCAUAAAAUUUGCUAGUUUUGGCAAUCCACUUCAUGUGUUAGGGGGAAGAAAGGUCUUUGUACACUCCUCAAUUCUUUCCCAGAAAUGCUGACUUCAAUUUUUUGCACCCUGAUAACUAAACCUUAGAAUAGGACUUGAUAGAUUGCUUCUGUUUCGGAAAGCAAUGGGCAUAAAACUCUCCUGUUCAAAAUAGUGCAAGGAGGGGAUACAUUUUAGUUUAAGAAAAUCCUCCUCCCUUUCCAAUUCCACAGGGAGAAAUUAUCAGCUUUAUGAUGCCAAAGCCUAUGGGGAUACAAAGGGAAUGCUGUCUUGUCUCUCCUUCUGUAUUAAUUCUAACACCUGCCACAGAAUGAAUUGGUCAGCUAAAGUCAUUUCUACCGUAUAAACUCAGGCAAGUGUGUUCCUAGCCAAACAGGUAAAUAACAAAUGCACAUUGGCAUCCAGGGGUUGGGGGUUGGUUACUCCACCAGAUACCAGGUGAAGGGCCCCCUGGUUCUGGCCAUGCUCCCUUUCUAGGGUUCAUACUACUGUCGGCCUCGUGAGGCCUGCUGCCAGGCGUGCAGGGGGAGGAUAUUCUUCGUGAGUAGGCGCCAGGCAUCUCCUUGGGGUGACAGCAAAUCCCUCCUCAUACUUCGAGUGUCCCUCACCCUCUCUCCACUCCAGCCUGUCACAGAGCAGCCUCACUGUAUCACCUUAAUGUCUUUCCGAUAACCUUUCCUGAAAAGGAAAUUUAUUUGCAGGAAUCCAGGCCAAACAACUAGAAGAACAGAGCCAUGUAAAGUUAUUAAUCAUGAGUUCAGGAAAUAGAUGCAAGUAUUCCUGGUACCAUCAGCAUGUAUGUUUCACAACAAAUCAAAAAAUAAUUUUCCAUUUGAGGAAAAAACACAAACACGACCGUAAUUGUUAACGCAUAAAACCUUGGACUUCACAUGCUCCUGCAACAAAUAUUACUGCUUUAGGGAUAUCAUAGAAAAAAGACCCUUUUACACAUCCCCCAGGGACCUCGGCGUUCUUUAUGAGAUCCCCAAAGCAAGCACCCGGGGGAAUUCCACGUGUGUCGUGACUCUAUUUUUAUUUCCAGUGGCUAGUCAUAUACUUCAGUAGCUAUGUUCAUUAUUUAUAACAGGUUCAUAUAACAGUUGAGCUAGUAUUCAAUUAUGGAUGUGAUGCUAUGAAAUACUUUUGAUAAGAUUAUAUAUGCCUAAUAACAAAGUUAUUUUUCUUA